UAUUCCUGGAGGUUUGUUUACACCUCCAAGCUUAAUUUAAUACAAAAUAUAGAGCCAGGUACUCGAGGUUUGGAUGGAAGGCCAGGAAUAUCGGGCAAUAGCCUGAAUCAAGGAUAUGAUAGCGGAUUAAAGGUAUUUUUAUUUUAAUGAAUGAAAAAUAACUUAAAUAUAUUUUAUGAGUGCAUUCAAUGCCCAGCCGGCCCUCAGGGGCCACCCGGUCCAAGUGGAACAGUUGGAAGUCCAGGACCGCCUGGACAGCAAGGAUUGCCUGGCCAAUUUGGCGAAGAUGGAAAUCCAGGACCGCCCGGAUGUCUUCCCGGGCCAAAAGGCCUUCCUGGACCUCCAGGGGAGCAAGGGCCACAAGGACAUCCAGGGCCGCCGUCAGCAGUAAUCGGACAAAUGGGACCGCCAGGAAUGAUGGGACCUCAAGGGAUUGCUGGAAUUCCAGCUCCCCCUGGAAUUCAAGGACCUCCAGGAUUUCCUGGCACUCCAAGCAGAGAUUCUUCAUACUGUCCUUGUCCUCCAAGAAACCAGCCACCUUUAAAUUAUGCCAAUGUUCUUAAUCAGCCUGGACAAGUUCCUCCUUACAAAAAGAAACUUUACUGA